AUGGUAGCACGAGGUGAAGUGGUUCUGCAUCAUAUCUCCAUUGGCAAUAUGUUGGUUGAUCCUUUGACUGAGCCCAUUGCCAGAGAUGUUUGCCUAGUUCAGGAUAUUGUAACUGGGAAUUGGUGGUUGAGUUCUGUAAAUGAUAACGAGCAUAUAGGAUAUUGGCCAAAGUCUAUAUUCACUAGUUUAGCUGACAGUGCUUCUUUUGUGGCAUGGGGAGGAGAGGUCUACAACCCUAACAAUAGGGUAUUGCCUCAAAUGGGAAGUGGUCAUUUUGAUCCUAAAGAAGAGCAUAAAUCAGCCUACUUAAAUUAUAUUAAGGUUGUCAGCAAAAAUUUUAAACUUGAAGUUCCUGACAAAGUAACACCAAGCAGAAUGGAUGAUCCCACAUGUUACAAGGCAGAAUAUUAUGAUGACAUUGGUGGUAACUUAAAAAAAAUAGUAAUGUAUGGGGGACCCGUAUGUCAUCGUUGA